AAUUACCCAGGGAGAGUGUAUUCGCCCUCCUGUAGGACGUCUUUCAAGAGCAACAACAAGGUCGACGAGACCAAAACACGGAGUGAGCGCCGAACACAAACCAGAAACAGAGCGGACUUUAUAUUUUGCAAGAGGUUUACAUCACAUCUGCCUGCUGUUGAGUGUUUGAGAUAUGCCAGAAUUAAGUUUGAACGUUAAAAUGUUUCCACUUCUUAUUCUGGCUAUUUUACCCAUGUUUUCGACGGCGCGGCCGAUGUACUCUGAGGAAACAGCUUCAGAGAUGGAAAGAGAACCGUCCUUUCUACAAUUUAUGGUAUCAGACUACCUGAGACAUUUUAAUACACCUGCCGCAGAACGCUUUUCGUCGCAAAGCGCGAUGUUGACGAGCACAGAAACACCUGACAUUAACUCUAAGGCACAAGGUACCCGGUUACAAGCCAUCCUGUCAAAUUUAGAGCAAGUGGAAAAGGGUGGUUCUUACAGAAAAAACGACGACGAGCAAUAUUCCGAGGCAGAGGGUUUUGAAAAAACAUUUGACGGCGCUAUGCAAAAUGAUGGAGAUUUUGGCAGUUUUGGUAGUAUUUCACCAAAGUAUAGUGACAAUGCCAACUUGAAUGACUUCAGAACAAAUUCUGUUCCGGAUCAAAAUUUUCGAACAUCCUUUUUUCCUGAUGAUGUUGACGCUUUCAGAACGUCUUCAUCCAGAAACGAAGUUCCUGCGGUGCACGAUGAUUAUCCGUAUAAAAAUCCUUCAAAACUCUCGACAAACAAAUUUGCCUCUCCAGAGUCCGAUUUUGGAGACUACUUUGAGCAAUUCCGCCCUGAGCAAAAUAAUGCAAACGAAGGGCAAUUCCACAGCGACCCUGAUGACCUCGGAUUUGGUUCAUUUGGAAACUUUGCAGGGAGCUCAAGUGAUAGUGACAGCAAGGGGGUCGACAGCGGUGCCUCUUCAUUUGGCGGUUUUGGCUCAUUUGCAAGCGAUAAUGGAAUGCAAAGUACAAAAUCAGCAUCAACAGACAAUGGCUUUUUUGGCGGCUUUGGUGGUGGUUCUUACGGUUCAAAGACAGUGGUAGAAGGCUCCGGAGCAACCCCUAUGCAGCAAAAUGGGUUUGUAGAAAACUCGAAAGACUGCGCUACCAUCGACACAAAGACGUGUUCUGCAGACGACGAAUGCUCGUGCCACGGGUUUUACCAUUGUUCAGCAGGGAGGUGUAAACUUCACGGGGAGCCCGCCCAAUCAGCAGGUCCCACCCCUCAAGGUACCUACGGUCCAGCCCUUCCGGAACAUCAGCUUGGCCUCGUGGGUUGAACACACGCGCUGUUGCCACGAGCAGUGUCGUCAGCAUUGCGCCUACGCACAAUCAUGGCAUACGUUAGAAGCCAACAUCUCUAUUCUUUAACAAAGAAGACAAAAAGAUGGGUUACUCAACGCCAUCUUUACAUUCCGUUGAUAUGUGAUACCAUAUGUGUAAUCUAGGGUUAUGUUUACAAUAAUAAUAAAAAACUGAGGUCAUAAUAAGAUGUAAAUAAUACAUUAUAAUGAAGAACUGGCUAGUUAUGCUUUUUCAGUGUCAUGACCUUGGCGAAUUUAACACCUUUGUUUCUACUAGGGUUAGGCCUACAAAUCUGAAAAAAGAAGGUCCAAAUUAUUGGCUAACAUUUUGUCAUUUAGUGUCGUUAUUCGUCGCAUCUUAUUCUCAUCAGUUGCUAUAGAUGUCAUAUCGUUAACAUUGGGUAACCAUCUGUGUGUGUUAAUAUGACAGCGGUGUAGCUUUCGCUGAACGCUUUUAUUUAGAAGUAAUUCAUCCCGAUUAGCAGGCACAAUAAGUUCACCGACACAUAUCUAGUUGUUAUUACUGCACCUGAAAAUAGAAUGAUUAUAUUAGAUUCGUUUUAUUAGAUAUCAAGUUUUGAAUUAAUCUGGAGUAGCCACUUUAUUUCUUUGUGAUCAAUUCAUUUUGUUUAUCAUCGAGUACAUGUUGGCAUCGGUCACACCUUUUGUCUAUCUAUGUCAUGUUACUUGCCGUAUGGCUAUCUAUGGCCUGUGGUACUUUUAAAACUGCUCUUAUAAAUCAUACUAAAAAUAUCACGCUUAGAAAUUUGAAAUAGUAUAUGAUCACCCUAAAACUAUCACGCUUUGUAUUACGAACAGAGAAAGGCGAACACUAGAACCGUUUGUUGCCUUAUCUUUUACGGAUGACGGCAUGCAUUCUUUAGCGGUCGUUGGCUUGAAAGAAGUGAUGUUAUUUUAUUUGGGCGUGUUUGAACUUCUAUCACUAGUAAUGAAUUGUUUUUGUUUUCCUAUUGUGAUGAAUAAAAUGAUGAAUUGCAAGGUACUUUUCACUUGGGACUAUUAGACUCGAACAGUUAUCGCUAAUUGCUGCACAGUUGCUUAUUUUAUACUUAAGAAGAAAUCAACUACCCCUCUACGUUCUAAAUUAAUCUUUUUGUGCUGCAGAAUCAGUUAAGGUUUGUUACUGCAUUAAAAGUCGAUGCCGUAAUGACGGACAAAUGAUUUUUCAGGACAACAAGGGCGUUAUCAAGUGUAAGACACAGGAUAUACAGACGGUUGAUAGAAACUAAUGACGCAUUAUUGUUAUGGGAGAUGUAAGUUAUCUCCAGUGAAUGCCUUGCUUCCCUUGCACACUUAAACAUAUAUUGUUAUUUGAUAAACGAGCCAUUAAGUCUAAGGGUUGAUUUGAACAUGUUAAAAUCGUGUAUGGUAUUGAAAAGGCUAUUUUAGAUAACAUACCUAAGCUUGUGCGUGCGUCUUAAGCCAGCUCAUGCAAACUUUAAUUUUAUCUCGUUUUACGUGGUUGUCAAUUGCUAUGAUAAACACCUAUUUUUUACUGUAACAUGACAUUUGACUAAUCGGGUUGAAACCGCUAUUUUGCAGAAAGAAAAAAGCGCUAUUUAAGAUAAGAUCACAAUACUGGUGUCGUGUAUCAAAAGCCGAACCUUUUCAACAGAUUGUUACAUAUAGAAACACUUACCAUUUGUGAUAUUUGAUUUACCACGUCGAAACCGUUAACGUUAAAGUAGAUGUACUUACAUGUUACUUAAGACUCGUCAUUCUAGCUCUUCAAGUUUAAUUUAGUCAUUAUUUGUGGGUUUUGAAUUCUCGGCCUUUUUUAUUGUUAUCAAGUUGACAUCGGUGCAAGUGUACUAUACGUACAAAUACAAUUUCAGAGGAAAUGAAGAGCUAAGGUGUUGCCCCGAUAGCACUACUCUUGGGGAAAGUUCUUGUAACAAGCCAGCCUUAUGUAAUGUGUGGUGCCUGCUUAUGUAGUAAGAGAUAAAAAAGACUAUUAUUGUACAUACCCUAUAGUAUGAACAAAGCCAAAUUUGAUCUCAAGUGACUCGAAGCAAAUCAAUAGUAAAUGGCGUGCAAAGAAAAAAAUUUGGUUUAUUACGAAAUAAAGUGAUAUGCCUA